AUGAUAAUUAAGCGGGAGACGAAAUCGAGAAUGCCGAAUCUGCAGCGGUGCCAGACCGUUGCGACGGCGUUCUCAAUCGGCGACGAGGACGGCGGUGGGGAGGCCGGCGAUGGUUGCCGGAAGAGGAGGAGAGAGAGCGGCGGGUUCCACCCGCUGGAGAUGCUCGGCGGCGCCGCCGCUGUGCGGAGCUCGCUCGCAGAGGAGGAUUGCUGCCCCCCGCAGGUCUUCGUGGACGACGAUCACGAGGACUUCAGCAGCGUCGCGGCGCCCGCUUCGUCGCGGUGCUCCGAGGUCUCGAUUUGCUCCGGAGAGGUGGAGUCCGAAUCGAGGAUCGGCCCGCGGAGAGAGGAGGAUGUCGACCGAGCGGCCGGGGACGAGGAGGCUCCGGCGGGGGCGGCGGGGCCGCGGCCGCCGGUGGUCAAGACGUCGCGGGGCCGAGUUCAGGUUCUUCCUUCAAGAUUCAACGAUUCCGUUCUCCUCGACCCGUGGAAGAAGGAGAAGCAGAAGUCGAAGGCUUUGAAUGCAGGUCCCUGCGGAGUGGAAGAGCCCCUUAUGGCUAAAGAGGCCUUUGGACCCAAGUUGAUCCCCGCGGCGGGAGACCCCAAUCUUCUGGGAUUGGUGAAAGAAGAAGAAGAACAAUGCUACUCAGCCGGGGGAAACGUGAGUAUGAAGGGCUCUACUUCGCGGAGCACUCUUACUUCACUCCACGAGGCAGCGCUCGGGAUGCAAAUUAGGCCCCAGAAGCGAAAGAUGAAGGCGGAGCCACAGGAGCGCCUCGAACCAAUGCUCAGGGAGAGGUGGUUAUCAGAGGAGCAUCCUGAACGGAGGAAGGACUUCUAUUUUCUGGAAGACUUCGUAUGUGGGGACAUCGUUUGGGCAAAGAGCGGAAAAAGGUACCCCACAUGGCCUGCAGUUGUUAUCGAUCCACUCCGGCAAGCACCUCAGACUGUGUUGAAUUCAUGCAUCGCAAGAACUCUUUGCGUGAUGUACUUUGGAUACUCUGGCAACGGUCACGAAAGGGUAAAGUCAAUAAAAUUCAAUAUCUUAUUCUUUGACACGGAAAAUCUCUAUGAUGUCCUUGUUGAAUCACAGGCAUUUAAUAAUUCAAGUUUAGUUUCCUUGAUUGUGUGCAAAUUGGAGUAAGCAGGACUAUGCGUGGGUGAGACAGGGAUCAAUCUUUCCGUUCGUAGAUUAUUUGGACAGGUCAGUCCUCUACAGUUACUCUAAGAAAUCUUGUUAACAAGGGACAUCUGAUCAAAUUGUUUGCUUUAUAUCAGGUUCCAGGGCCAGACCCAAUUGCACAAGAGCAAGCCUAGUGACUUCCGUAUGGCGAUAGAGGAGGCUUUCUUGGCGGAGCAUGGCUUUAUGGCAAUGCAGAUGGAGGAAAGGAAUAUUGCUGGGCAACCCGUUUAUUCCCACCAUGUGCAGGAGGCCACUGACUCUAAUCAGGAUCUGGACUGUCAAUCACAUGCACAGGUAAGCUGAUUUCACGUUUAUAUUGUUUUCAUUACUAAUUCACAAUAGUAUGGUGCUAGAUUUCUUCUCUGGAUAACUUUUUCGGAAUUUUUUUUUCCUUCGGUUGAAUUACUCUACUGUAGAAGGCAUAUAGAUUCAUAGUCUAUUUCUCGUAGUUUAGACAAGAAAACAAAUCUACGUUGUUGGAGUUUACAAAUGUAUUAUCCUUUGUAGGCUAUUAAGAAAUCAAAGUUACAUUGUCAGAGCUGUGGUUCAGGCCUGCCAUUCAAAAGUACAAAAAAAGUCAAGAGUGGAUCAGAACAGUUACUAUGCAGGCACUGUACUAAGGUUCACAUAUUUCCAACAUGAGCUCUUGUAAUGGAAUAUAUGUUUUCUUCUAUUAUUUUAAAAGAGCGUUUGAUUUUCAUGAUUAUUUAUCUUGCUCACUGUAGUUGCUGAAGUCUAAACAGUACUGUGGCAUUUGCAAGAAGAUAUGGCAUCAUACAGAUGGUGGACGCUGGGUAAGAUCAACAAUGGACGAUCGUUUUGGUUAUUUUUCUUCUCCAAAUGGACUAUAUUUAUUCAUUUCUGUUCGGUGGUUUACUAGGUUCGUUGUGAUGGAUGUAAGGUGUGGGUCCAUGCAGAAUGUGAUAAAAUUUGCAGUAGCCACUUCAAGGUUUACUGUCCCCUUAACGUGGAUGAUGUUCCUCGCUAUGAUUAAUGAUAUUUUGAUCGUACAUUGUGUACCAAGUACUAAUUGAGUUUUCUGUGUCAAAGGACCUAGAAAAAACAGAUUAUUUCUGCCCUGAGUGCAAGGCGAAAUCUAAUUUUGAAUCAUCAGAUACAGAGAAGAAGCCCCUGCAAAGAAGGUGAUGAACUUGGAUUCUUUCUUUAACUUCUAUUUGGCAACUAGUUGUGGGCUAGGAUGAGAGUUAUUCCAUUUUGAAGUGUGAAAAUAUUUUUUGAGAAGCAUUAGCCUAAUGUACAAAUAUUCUAUCAGAUGGCUGACUAAUUGAUCGGUUAUGUUGUCGUAAUUAUCAUUUAUUUACGUACUGAUGACACUACUGUUUAAGCAGACAUGAUGAUGUCGAUACACAAGACUCCCAGCCUGAGAUGGUCGCUGUUUGCUGUUAUGGUAUGGAAGGGAUAUAUUUACCGAGACAGCAUUUGUAAGUACCAGACGAUGAACUGAUGGUUGCAUAGUUUGAUUGAAAACGAGAAAAUUAAUUAGAGCAUUUCUGCACAUUCUUUCUGUUUAUAAUUGAAGUUCCAAUUCGUUUAUACCUUUUUUUGCCAGGUUUUUUGUGAUUUUCUUUCAAUGCGACGAGUAAACAUUUAUUGUGUAUCGAUGCACAGGUUGUUGUAGCCACUUUUAACCAGAACGCAUGAGAUAGGACCUUUUCAAGCGGUUCUUUUGGUGUCGUGUAAAAUGUGCACUAAUGCACCUGUAUAUGGUUGUAUGUAGACUGGGGAUGUUGUUUUGCUUUGGCCCUAAAAAGAUCUUACGCAUUCUUUUACUUCCCUUGGAAUUAUGUUUGGCAUGUAGCGGCUGAAACCCAAGAAGGAUACUGUUGGAUUCUUAACAUUCACUGAAAAGCAGAAUGAGUCACCUCAGUCUAGCAUUCGAGUGUCUGCGUGUAAAGCAUCAAUAAUCACUCAGCGCACAUCAUUUUGAAUCCCGUCCAAGAAUUGGGAAAAUAUGGAGAAUUCAUUGGUUCCAAAAUAUAUCCUUGUCACCCUUGUACAUGGCCUAGGUGCUGAUCUUCUUUUUUAGUUUUUUUUGGGCUUGCACACAAUAUAUACACACAAUUAAUUCGUGCCAAAUUUCCUCUUUUAUAUAUUAUGUAUGUACAUGGUUACUAUCUAUUCUUACAUGUUUAAGAAAGGUCGACCUUCUCAGAAAAUGUUUUUUAUUCUUCCUCUUUUGUUUAUUUUAGGAUACUUUCCUCUUCCUCUGUCAACAGUAAUUUUGCCUUUAAUUUUUUAUUCCCUCUAUCUCCCUCCCAUUCUCAAGCAUGUUUUUGUGCGUUUGUACUAAGAUGCACCUCUUGGUCACUAAGCUAGCAUGAUACUUCCCAGAAGAAUGGACGAAUCUACCUGGCUUUGGCCGUUGAAAUUGAACUUAAUUUUGAUAAGGUGUGCUCAUCUUAUUUGUAGUUAUGGUGAUUGAUUUUUCGUGUUUUGAUCAUGUUCUAGAGUUGUUUGCCAAUGUGGAGUAUGUGGGACGGAGAAACGGAGUCUUAGUGAGUGGGAGCGCCAUACUGGUUCAAGAAGCAAAAACUGGAAGACUAGUGUGAAGGUCAAAGAUUCCAUGCAACCACUGGAAAAAUGGGUUCGUAUUUGAUGUGUUCGAUGACAUCCCGCUUUAUAAAAGCACUAGUUUCUUUUAAUGAAAACAUUGACAUGCUGUUCGACAUUUAAAAAAUACUUCCUUGUUCUCCACACCUUGCACUUUUUUCUUUGGGAAAACCGGAUUCCUCCGUGCAUGUGCAGACACAGUCUAAGUUUGAAUGACAGAUGAUUAGAUGCUGGCGGUAUAAAAGUAAACUGAGCUUUAGUCAAAUUCUAGAUGCCGCUUUUCAAUACUAUAUAUGUUUAGCAAUGGAUGUUUUAUGUAUUGUACAUUUAUUUAAUUCUAUCACUUGUCUCUUUAGAUUGAAGAGAACCGCACAUUUGAAUGGAUAAUUGGAGCUAAGCGUCCAUCUCCAAAAGUAAGGAAACAGAAGCUACUUGAUUUCCUGAAUGGUAAGUAUAUUCUCCAAAAUGCUUGCUUCUGGAAGAUAUUUAUUAUCAUUUUGCCUUAUGCCUUGACGAAUUCAUGGGUCAUAAUCAACUGAUAGCUAUGAUUUCACAUCAACAGGAAGGUAUGACCCGGUCUAUGCUAAGUGGACAACGGAGCGCUGUGCAAUCUGUCGAUGGGUUGAAGACUGGGAUUACAAUAAAAUUAUCAUUUGUAAUAGGUAUGAUGCCACGUUUACUAGUUUUUUGCUCGGUCAGCUGGCUAUCUUUUGUAUGGUGAAGGAUAAUGUGCCUUUUCUGUUUGAGAUAGGAGUUCUGAUAUGAAUGCAUUGGUAUAUGUAUUUCAGAUGUCAAAUAGCCGUUCAUCAGGAAUGUUAUGGGGCCAGAAACAUCCGUGAUUUCACUUCUUGGGUCUGCAGAGCAUGUGAGACACCUCACAUCAGACGGGAAUGUUGCCUUUGUCCGGUGAAAGGUAUUUUCCUACUUUCUCUUGUUGCUGAUUCAAGCUGACUGGAGCUUUAAGAGAAGGUGGGGGGUGGGGAAGGGGAGCGGGACAAAACACUUAAUUUCAUGUUUAUCGUUUUCAAAUUUUAAGCAAUUUUUUAUCUUUUAAUUUUCAGAUUUUUUAUCUUCGCCUGUUAUGUAACUCAAUAUCGUAACGUGUACUUUAUACCCUUCAUUUUUUAAUCAUUGCUCUCACAUCUAAUACUCGUACUUCUUUCUCUAGGUGGUGCUUUGAAGCCAACAGAUGUCGAUGGUCUUUGGGUUCAUGUCACAUGUGCUUGGUUUCAACCAGAAGUGUCCUUUCCAAGCGAUGAGCUGAUGGAACCUGCUAUGGGCAUACUGAACAUCCCGUCUCAAUCCUUUGUCAAGGUUUAAAGAUUUCACCAGAUACUAAUCUUUCAUUGGCUGAUGCUAUUUGUUCUGGUCAAAGGUUCUAACUCUACUGCUCUGUUUCUUGUGCAUUCAGACCUGUGUAGUUUGCAAGCAAGUGCACGGAUCCUGUACACAGUGUUAUCGGUGUUCAACUUAUUAUCAUGCAAUGUGUGCGUCAAGGGCCGGAUACCGCAUGGAGGUAGGUUCUGGGAUCGUUGUCUUUUUUUCGAAGAUUAUUACAGGAGGUACCUUAAUGCGAUGUGCCUUGAUCACUUCUUUCCUACACUUCACAGUAACCACAAAGGCAGAAGUAACCAUGGGUUAAUACCUGGUUCAUCACAUACCGUUUAAGCCAUUAGAUUUCUUAAAAGAUAUAGAACAAAUCAUCCUCUCAAUUGAUUUCUUGUUUCGCUGUGCUUUAGGGUGAACUAAUUUCUGCCCCUUGUCGUUGUUGAUGGAUUGCAGUUGCACUGCUCGGAGAAGAACGGGAGACAAACAACAAAAAUGGUUUCAUAUUGUGCUCAUCACAGGUGAGAUCGACAGUGCAUUUGUUCGUUCGCCAUGUGUUGUGAUUCAUGCAUGUCUACAUCGAAUCCCCAGUUGCUCGAUCUAUCUGGCAAUCAGUGGGCCUAUAAAUUAAGGGGCAAUGGCUAUAUUUUUUAUUUUUUGCAAGGGCUGUGGGCCGAAAUAAAGUCAUAUUUCGGUUGACAUUUUGUGCGCCUGUUCCUCUUAUCUUUACAUGUUCCAAGUUGACUUCUUGGUUUGUUUCUAUGUAGGGCUCCUAACCCAGAUACUGUUCUAGUCAUACAAAGUCCUCUUGGGGUUUUCUCUACGAAAAGUAUGCUCCAAAAUAAGGAAAAACGAACGUGCUCACGAUCGAUCAGGAAGGACACCGAACACCAGUUGGCGGUUCCGGCACACAAUUCUGAUGCGUCUUCUUCUUCUGCAAGGUGCCGAGUGUACGGCAAGAUGGACAUCAAGGUAUGCUGUGUUUUGAUUACAUCUUCUCGUCGUGUUGGAAGGAAAGAUCAUGAUAUUUUGCAUACACCCAAAAGAAUGAAAUGAUUUCAUGAAUAUCUCUGAUUAUCAUAUUUUGUCCUUUAGAUUUUUAGGAUGUGAACAAGGAGCAAAAAUCCAUGUUUUUUCCCUUACGAAUAAUUAAUAUUUCUUUAAUUAGUUGUCUGCAUUUGUUUCUCUAUUGCUCGAAAACUUUCAGCCAAGGGGAACAGAAGCAUUAGCUCACCUCCUGAUGGGGCCUCGCCAUCACAGCCUUGAUGCAAUCGAGCAUUUGAAUCCGGCCAAGGUAUUCUUCGGGAUCAUUCAUCCCCCCAGAGAAGAUGGAUUUCGGAACGAAAUUGUGCUCCCGAUGUGGGUAUAUCUCUCAGAUUAUUAACUGGCCUUCUGGUCGUACAUUCUCUCCAACAGGACGAGAUGGCUUCCAGACCUUUCUCCUCCUUCAGAGAUCGUCUCUACUACUUACAGGCCACAGAGAAGAACAGAGUAUGCUUCGGUAAAUCAGGCAUCCACGGAUGGGGUCUCUUCGCUCGGAGGAACAUCCAAGAAGGAGAAAUGGUACUCUUCUGGCCCUUUCCCUUCCAUCUUUCUGUUCUCCUGUGAGAUCUGGUCUGACCCACCUACCACUGGUCUUCAGGUCAUCGAAUACCGCGGUGAGCAGGUCCGACGUAGUGUCGCCGAUCUGAGAGAGGCACGCUACCGCCAUGAGGGCAAGGACUGCUAUGUGAGUCGUUUUCUCUUGCCAUUUUUAGUUAUCGGCUGUUGUUCUUUGAUCCGACGGCCUGAAGGAUGUUUUUAGCAUUGAUUCUAUUUAUGGCAUCAAGAUCUUUACUUUCUCUGAGUUGACUUUUGUUCCUGGGUUCAUCGGCUUUUUUGUGGAAAUGAGCAGCUGUUUAAAAUCAGCGAAGAGGUCGUCGUGGAUGCCACGGACAAAGGCAACAUUGCCCGUCUGAUUAACCAUUCUGUAGGUUUCCAUUUUAAUCUUAUAACCUGCUUUUCGGGCUGAUUUAUUUCGUCAAUCUCUCUUUUAACAAGAAUCACCCCUCUCUCUCUCUCUCGCUAUGUAUAUACAUUUGCAGUGCAUGCCCAACUGCUACUCGAGGAUCAUGAACGUGAGUGACGAAGAACAGCGAAUAGUGCUCAUCGCCAAGACAAAGGUUUCUGCAGGCGAAGAGCUGACGUACCAUCCUCACCUUUUUAUUUUCUGUCUUCUUACUCUACGCAUGCUCUUGAUAUUAUCCAUCUCUUAAACAUCGUGGUGUAUACCGAGAAAGUCUGAGACAUGCCCCCAUCUCAUGAAAUAUGAUGAGAGAGAGAGAGAGAGAGGGGCUACCGAGGCGUCAUGCUGAUAUAUGUGGCCGGGUUCUCAAUGUUUGCAGGUACGACUACCUGUUCGACCCCGAUGAAGGCGAGGAGUGCAAGGUUCCCUGCCUCUGCGGAGCCCCGAACUGCCGCAAGUUCAUGAACUAA